AUGAUACCCAAUCCCAAUCUCGAUUCACCUCUAUGUUGUUGUUGUGGUGAAGAUUACCCAGGUCGAGAGAGAACUCAAGCAAUCUGUGACCCAUGUCAAUGGAGCAAGGAUAACCCAAACAAAGUCAACAAGCCCAAUUUGAGGUCCUCAAGACUCAGUUGUGUGGUCGAUGCAAAAAAUGUCCAAAGGCACUCCCACUUAUCAGUACCUCUUAAUUCGGCUACACCUGCAUCAGCUCAUUUUGGAACGCAAGUUGAGCAUAGUGUUCAAAGAGCAAUCGCACAGGCUAAUGAACUUCAAUCUCGCCAACGUCAACUGCAAAUCAACAAUCAUCGAAAACCAGUGGUUCCAUAUCCCCCCAGCUCUGAAGCUAGAGCAAUUGCAAGAUCCAAGUUGAACAAACGAUCAGAAUCAAAGAAAUCAAAAACAACUGGAUUUAUAAAGAUCAAUAUUGCUUAUAUUAUGGACAAUGAACUUGUUGAAACUCAAUUGAGUGGUUCUACGUUUGAUUACGAUUUCUCAGAGCCGGAUUGGAUGCUUGAUUUGACCAAAAAGGCCUGUGAUUACUUUAGAGACGAUCAUCCAACUUUUCCCUCACCUCAACAAGUAGUUGAGCAUGGACUUGAAAGCCUACCACCUUAUUAUAAAGAAUGGUACUACCUGGGUGAAUUAGGCGGACGUAACUCAUUACCUAAUAGAAUUACUGAAAAUUACCUUUGUUCCAAGUUAACUUCUGGGCGUGGUUGUGAGAAGUUUGUUUUAAUUUACAAUUCACAUCAAUAUAAGACAGCAACGGGAAAGGAAAAUAUUGAAGAUGAUGAAGAUGAGUUGCUAGACUUGCCACCUGCCCCUUUUGAUCAUCCACAAAGCAUGACGCUACGUUCACAUUCUGUGAAAAAAAACAGAGUCCGUAAGUCUUCAGUUCAUCUUUCUUCCGAUUCAGAGGCUUCAGAAGCUUUGCAUGGAUCAAUCAACUCAAACUCGAUUGAUGACCAUGACUAUACACCUCGUCCAACAAGAGCCUUGAAUGUAAAACGUCCUAACUCAAACAUGCAAUCUAUCGAGACUCAGACAUCACCUCCGAGUGUACAAUCAAAAGCAACUCAGACCUCCAACCAAGUCAUUGACGAGCGUGUUGAUAUUUCAAGAGUCAUUGAUGUUGCUGAGCGUGUUGAUAUUUCGAGUUGUGUACCACUUCAUCAAGUCAUGAACAAGCUUGUUGAUGAUCAUCCUGGUGGCGAAGUCGGAUUUUCCGACUUAGGAAUCAUGCGAUCGCUCGGCAGAGGAACUCUCCCUAUUGUCACUAAGGCUCGGAACCGUUUAAGUCCUAGCUGGAAAUCAGGUUCAAUGCUUACAAUCAUUACGAAGGGUUUGGACUCGAAUAAUAUCAAUCGACUUGCAAUCGAGCGGCUUGCCUUUGAAAAUUCAGAGGUAGUUUAUUCCGUCAAUUGUUCUGCUUUCAUUGGGUCCGGGGCUUUCAUGAAUUGCUAUGAAGAAAAGGUCCUAAUUGAUGGCCGAGCUCAGGAGAUGGUUGCCAAGCAAGAUUUGGAUGCAAACAUGACUCUUGAAAGCUAUCAAGCUUUGGCUCAGCGCUAUCUUGAAGCAGAACGAAGCAUCAAUAUGUUUAAGAUGGCAAUUGAGGCCAACUCGGGCAAUAUUCCAUAUGAUCUUGUGAAGAAUUUUAUUGUACAUCGAGGACACACAGAUGAUCCUGCUCCAAAGGACAUAUAUUUAUUUGAGGAGAAGAUCGAAGGGAAAUUUGUCAAAUUCUUUGGUAAUCUAUUCUUUAAUAUUGAGGAGGAAAAGGAAAACAAGAUUAUCUAUCAAAUUAUGCACACACUAUCACACAAAACAUAUCAUGACAAUCAUGGUAGAUGGAUGAUUGCAGACCUUCAAGGGAAUGAAGAGGGUCUUCUCACGGAUGUUGCAAUUAUUGAUGAAGAAUAUCCGUGGACCAUGGGAAACACUAGUCGGAUUGGCCUAAUUGGUUUUCGUCUCACGGCUAAAUGUAACUUUUUGUGUAGCAAGCUUGGCCUCCCACAUCCUCACGGUGCUAGAUACCCCACGGUUGUAAAUGGUGUGGUAGUAGAAGGUACUGAGAGUGAGUUCCCUGUGCUUGACUCUGAUGCUGAGCGCUCAUGGGAAUUGCACUACAAUAUUGAUCUAUACAAACUAAAAAGUUAUAAAGAACUAUAG